GCCCUUCGGCCACCGUCGGCGGGGCGGGGACGGACGUGACGUUUAUUAUCUUCCUGUGGCAACCCUGCGGGGCGGAACGCGGCGCGGGGAGGAGAAUAUUGCUAUGUUGGUGUCUCAGAUAAACUAUGAGUGAAUUUCGGAUUCACCGUGAUGUCAAUGAACUGCUCAGUCUGCUGCGCAUCCAUGGUGGGGGCGGGGCUGAGGUCUACAUUGACCUGCUGCAGAAGAACCGGACACCAUAUGUUACAACCACAGUCUCUGCCCACAGUGCCAAGGUUAAAAUUGCAGAAUUUUCUCGUACUCCUGAGGACUUUUUAAAGAAGUAUGAUGAACUGAAGUCUAAAAAUACAAGGAACCUUGACCCGCUGGUGUACCUGUUAUCAAAGCUCACAGAAGACAAAGAGACACUGCAGUAUUUACAACAAAAUGCAAAGGAAAGAGCUGAGCUCGCAGCUAAUGCUGCCACCAGCAGCAGCACCAGCUUCAGCAUUCCUGUUGCUGCCUCUAAGAUGUCCACACAGGAGCUAGAAGAGCUGAGGAACCAGUUUGGGGGUGUGGCCACAGGCUCCACACUGCAGCAGUCUCUGGAACUUACAAGAAAGAUGCUGCGAGACAAACAGAACAAAAAAAAUUCAGGCCAGCCCCUUCCGGUCUUCCCAGCAUGGGUAUAUGAGAGGCCAACACUGGCUGGAGAUUUCCUGAUUGGUUCGGGCUUAAGCUCAGACACGGCUUUGCCUAUAGGUACACUGCCCUUGGCCUCCCAGGAAUCAGCAGUGGUGGAAGAUCUGCUCUAUGUGCUUGUGGGUGUGGAUGGCAGGUACAUCACUGCUCAGCCCUUGGCUGGGAGGCAAAACCGUACCUUCCUUGUGGACCCCAACCUGGACCUGUCCAUCCGGGAGCUGGUAAACAGAAUCCUCCCUGUGGCUGCCAGCUACUCUACAGUAACCAGGUUCAUUGAGGAGAAAUCUUCAUUCGAAUAUGGGCAGGUGAACCAUGCCUUGGCUGCUGCUAUGAGGACCCUGGUAAAGGAAUACUUGAUCCUGGUCACACAACUGGAACAGCUGCACAGGCAGGGCCUCCUGUCACUGCAGAAGCUCUGGUUCUACAUCCAGCCAGCCAUGCGGACCAUCGACAUCCUUGCCUCUCUUGCCACCUCAGUGGAUAAAGGCGAGUGUGUGGGCGGAUUGACGCUGAGCCUUCUCCAUGAUAGGAGCUUCAACUACACAGGGGACAGCCAGGCGCAAGAACUGUGCCUGUAUCUGACCAAGGCGGCCAGUGCACCCUACUUUGAGAUCCUGGAGAAGUGGAUCUACAGGGGCAUUAUUCAUGACCCAUACAGUGAGUUCAUGGUGGAGGAACACGAACUGCAGAAGGAGAAGAUCCAAGAGGACUACAAUGACAAGUACUGGGACCAGCGCUACACUGUGCUGCCACAGCAGAUCCCAUCCUUCCUGCAGAAGGUAGCAGGCAAGAUCCUCAGCACAGGAAAAUAUCUAAAUGUGGUCAGAGAAUGUGGUCAUGAUGUCACCUGUCCCGUAGCCAAGGAGAUCAUCUACACACUCAAAGAGCGAGCAUACGUGGAACAGAUUGAGAAGGCAUUCAACUAUGCCAGCAAGGUGCUGCUGGACUUCCUCAUGGAGGAGAAGGAGCUGGUGGCCCACCUGAGGUCCAUCAAACGCUACUUCCUGAUGGACCAGGGGGACUUCUUUGUGCAUUUCAUGGACCUUACUGAGGAGGAGCUCAGGAAGCCAGUAGAGGACAUCACACCCACACGCCUAGAGGCUCUGUUGGAGCUGGCCCUGCGAAUGAGCACUGCUAACACUGACCCCUUCAAAGAUGACCUCAAGAUUGACCUGAUGCCUCAUGACCUCAUCACUCAGCUUUUGCGGGUUCUGGCCAUUGAGACCAAGCAGGAGAAGGCAAUGACUCAUGUUGACCCCACGGAGCUCACACUGAGUGGUCUGGAGGCCUUCUCCUUUGACUACGUUGUCAAGUGGCCCCUGUCACUGAUCAUCAAUAGGAAGGCACUCACCCGCUACCAGAUGCUCUUCCGACACAUGUUCUACUGUAAGCAUGUGGAGAGGCAGCUCUGCAGUGUCUGGAUCAGCAACAAGACCGCCAAGCAGUACGCGCUGCACUCAGCAAAGUGGUUUGCUGGUGCUUUCACUUUGCGGCAGCGAAUGCUCAACUUUGUCCAGAAUAUUCAGUACUACAUGAUGUUUGAAGUGAUGGAACCAACCUGGCACAUCCUUGAGAAAAACCUGAAAUCUGCUUCCAACAUUGACGACGUGCUUGGCCACCACACAAGUUUCCUUGACAACUGCCUGAAGGAGUGCAUGCUGACCAACCCUGAGCUGCUGAAGGUUUUCUCCAAGCUUAUGUCUGUGUGUGUCAUGUUCACCAACUGUAUGCAGAAAUUUACACAGAGCAUGAAGCUGGACAGUGAGCUGGGCCGGCUGACACUAGAGCAGGGUAGUGCACAGGGGCCACCCACAGAGACUGAGCGGACUGAGGAGCGCCCCCGCAAGGAGCCUACCAGGAAGCACCUGUCCGAGCAUGUGGAUACUCCUCAGCUGGCCUCUGGGUUCGAGGCCACCAUCAAUAACUUUGACAAAAACUUUUCUGCCCAUCUUCUUGAUUUGCUGGACCGACUAAGCGUCUACAGCACCAGUAACUAUGAACAUGGCAUGGCCAGCGUCAUCUCCAGGCUGGAUUUCAAUGGUUUCUAUGCCGAACGCCUGGAACGUCUGUCUGCAGAGAGGAGUCAGAAGGCUGCUCCCCAAGUGCCUAUCCCAAGGGGGCCCCCAGCAUCAACACCCAGAGUGGCCAUCCCUGCACAAUGAGCUCCCUUUUUAAAUACCAUCUUUUUGAACGUG